AUGGAUUCAAUCAAUAAUUCCGAAUCGAAUGAUAAUAAUUCUCAAGGUAGUAUUAACGAGCUCAGUAUUGGCAGUUAUGUUAUAUCUUCCAUUUUUGCCCUUAUAGCUAUCUUCUCAGUUAUUAGCAAUCUCAUGUUUUGUAUCGUUAUAUAUAUGAAGAAAUCAUCAACCACUAAAGCAGCAGAAUAUCUAUUCUUAAAUUUGGCUAUUGCCGACAUGAUGGCAGGUCUAUUGAUGAUCAUUUUACCUGGUUUUGUGAUACCCAAGCCUAUUUUUCCAUAUCCUCAUUUUGGACUUGAGUUAUUCUGUCGUUUGGUCUCCUCCAAUAGCUUUUUCUUUAUGUUAGGUUUUGUCUCUGUAUGGACACUACUAGCUAUAUGUAUCGAUCGUUGGUAUGCUAUUGCUAGACCGUUUUAUUAUAAAGAGUUUUGUACUAAAAAGCGAGCAUUGAUGGUUAUUUUAAUCAUAUGGUUUGCUAAUAUUGGCUUAGCAACGGAUAAUGCCUUAAAUUUAACUGCUAGUCCCAAUGGUUCUUAUUGCGUAAGAACUUACUUUUUUAAAGGAAAGGAUAAGAAAAUUUUAGUCACUGUACUGGAAGUGAUUCGUAUCUUUAUACCUAGUUUAAUAAUUGUUGCUAUUUAUGCUAAUAUAGGGUGGCGAUUACUUUACUCAAGUCAUCGUGAAAGAAAUAACAGUAGUAGUGGCAAUCACGUUCAUUAUUGCAAACGUGAUAUUACUAUUCGCAAGCAAGUAACAAUCAUGAGUUGUAUAGCCGCAAUAACUUUCUUAGUUUGUUGGUUACCUAAUGAAAUUUUUUAUACCGUAACAUUAUAUGAGCCACAAUGGCAGACCAAUCAUACUGCACGGCGUAUUACUAAAAUACUCAUGGCACUUAAUUCAAUGCUUAAUCCAUUAAUCUAUGCCGUCUCUAAUAAAUACUAUCGUCAAGGAUUUCUGGAAUUAUUCCGCUGUCAAGCUCUUAAGAAGAAAAGAACUUCAUCAUCCUUUACGAAUAACACUUAUGUGGUUAAACUAUUUGAAUGA